GCGGGGCGGCAGGCGGAAGCGGCCGGCCGAUCUCUGGCUUUGGCGCCAUGGCGGCCACGGCCGCCUCCCCCGCGCUGAAGCGGCUGGACCUGCGCGACCCCAACGCGCUCUUCGAGACUCAUGGAGCGGAGGAAAUCCGCGGGCUGGAGCGCCAGGUUCGGGCCGAGAUCGAGCACAAGAAGGAAGAGCUGCGGCAGAUGGUGGGCGAGCGGUACCGCGACCUGAUCGAGGCGGCCGACACCAUCGGCCAGAUGCGCCGCUGCGCGGAGGGGCUGGUGGACGCUGUGCAGGCCACCGAUCAAUACUGCGCCCGCCUCCGCCAGGCUGGCUCCGCGGCGCCCCGGGGGCCGCGAGCCCCGCAGCCACAGCCAUCGUCGGAGAAAUUCUACAGCAUGGCUGCCCAGAUUAAGCUGUUGUUAGAAAUCCCUGAGAAGAUCUGGAGCUCCAUGGAAGCCUCCCAGCAUCUCCAGGCCACACAGCUCUACCUGCUCUGCGGCCACCUGCACAGCCUGCUCCAGCUGGACUCCUCUAGCUCCAGAUACAGCCCCAUUCUCUCGAGAUUCCCCAUACUCAUCCGGCAGGUGGCAGCAGCCAGCCACUUCCGGUCAACUAUUUUGCAUGAGAGCAAGAUGCUGCUCAAAUGCCAGGCUGUGUCGGACCAGGCUGUGGCUGAGGCCCUCUGUUCCAUAAUGCUCUUGGAGGAGAGUUCUCCCCGCCAAGCCCUCACGGACUUCCUGCUGGCCAGAAAGGCAACAAUUCAGAAGCUUCUGAAUCAGCCUCACCAUGGUGCUGGCAUCAAGGCCCAGAUUUGCUCUUUGGUGGAGCUGCUGGCUACUACCCUGAACCAAGCCCAUGCGCUUUUCUACACUCUACCGGAAGGUGUGCUGCCAGACCCAUCUCUGCCCUGUGGCUUACUCUUCUCUACCUUGGAGACAAUCACCAGCCAGCAGCCCACUGGAAAAGGCAUCAGUGUCCUGCAUGGGGAGAUGAAGCUGUGCAGCUGGUUCAGGCACCUUCCAGCCUCCAUUACAGAAUUCCAGCCAGUGCUUCGGACUCUGGCACAUCCCAUCAGCCAGGAGUACCUGAAAGACACGCUACAGAAAUGGAUCGACAUGUGCAAUGAAGACAUUAAAAAUGGGAUCAGCAACCUGCUGCUGUACGUGAAAAGCAUGAAAGGUCUCGCAGGCAUCAGAGAUGCCAUAUGGGAUUUGCUUAGCAACGAGUCUGCCAGUCACAGCUGGGAGGUGGUGUGUGGGCGGCUCCUGGAGAAGCCACUCUUGUUCUGGGAGGACCUGAUGCAGCAGCUCUUCCUGGACCGCUUACAGACACUGACCAGAGAAGGCUUUGAGUCCAUCUCCAACAGCUCCAGAGAGCUUCUAGUCUCAGCUUUGCAGGAACUUGAGACCAGCAACCCCACAUCGAAUAAGCACGCUCACUUCCAGCACAACAUGUCUCUCUUCCUCUGGUCUGAGAGUCCCAAUGACCUGUCUUCCGAUGCUGCCUGGGUCAGCGUGGCAAACCGAACCCAGUUUGCCAAUAGUGGCCUCUCCAUGAAAGCCCAGGCAGUCAGCCCUUGUGUACAGAACUUCUGUUCUGCCCUGGAUUCCAAGCUGAAGGUUAAACUGGAUGACCUCCUGGCCUACCUUCCCUCCAGUGACAUGCCACAGCCCAAGGACCCCACCGCCACACAGCAGGCUAAGAGCCCUGCCUUUGACAGAUAUGCAGAUGCCGGGACUGUGCAGGACAUGCUGCGGACUGAGUCCGUGGCCUGCAUCAAGUCGCUUGUGGGCUGCAUCCAGGCAGAGCUGCAGACUAUUGAAGAAGCCACACAAGACCAGAAGGCUAUCCUUCACGGCACCAAACUGCAGGCAGUCCUCUUCAUGGCCAGACUCUGCCAGUCCCUGGGAGAACUGUGCCCUCACCUGAAGCAGUGUAUUGUGGGAAAGUGUGGCAGCUCUGAAAAGCCUGCAAGGGAGGCGAGGGCUCUGAGAAGGCAGGGAAAGGGGAAAGCUCAAGAUGCGCUCCCUGUGCAGGGCCAGUGGCAGGAAGUGAAGGAAAUUCUGCUCCAACAAAGUGUGGUGGCCUACCGGGUCUGGAGCUCAGCGCUUGUGAAAUUUCUGAUCUGUGGAUUCACUCAAUCAUUGCUUUUAAGUGAUGCUGGCUCAAUCCUGGCCACUGCCACCAACUGGGAUGAACUAGAAAUCCAAGAGGAGACAGAGUCUGGCAGCAGCAUCACAUCCAAGAUCCGCCUGCCUACUCAGCCGUCCUGGUAUGUACAGUCCUUCCUGUUUGGCUUAUGCCAGGAAGUUAAUCGGGUUGGAGGCCAUGCCUUGCCAAAGGUGACCCUGCAGGAGAUGCUGAAGACCUGCAUGGCCCAAGUCAUAGCUGCCUAUGAGAAGCUCACAGAGGAAAAACAGAUAAAGAAAGAAGGGAUAUUUCCCAUGACCCAGAAUCGAGCCCUGCAGCUCCUCUAUGACCUGCGCUACCUCAACAUCGUUCUGACCAGCAAGGGGGAGGAGGUAAAGAGUGGCCGGAGCAAGCCAGACUCCAGAAUUGAGAACGUGACUGACAGGCUGGAGGCCCUCAUCGACCCUUUUGACCUGGAUGUUUUCACACCACAUCUCAACAGCAACCUUAACCGUCUGGUGCAGCGGACUUCUGUUCUGUUUGGAUUAGUUGCUGGUACAGAGAAUCAGUUUGCCUCCCGAAGCAGCACAUUCAACUCCCAGGAACCCCAUAACAUACUGCCACUAGCCUCCAGUCAGAUAAGGUUUGGACUCCUUCCGCUGAGCAUGACAAGCACAAGAAAGGCAAAGGCAACCAGUAGAGGCAUCGAAACACAAGCCCAGGACGCCAUCCAUUAAGCCUGCCGGAGCCCUCCUGGGUUGGCCCCCCGGCACUCUCCAGAGUAGGUGACCCAGUGCAUCCUGGCUCCUUAUUCAGACAGCUCGCCAGUGAGGAGGAGGACUCGCCUGCACCAUCAUUAUUCAAGCUCACCUGGCUCUCUAGUAUGACGAAGUAGCAAUGCCCAGGCUCUCUAAUUAAAUACUACCACAUUGUUUUCCCUA